GUGACGGUGCAGUUCAUGUUGUCAUUGGCCCAGCUCAUCAGUGUGCAUGAGAGGGAGCAGAUUAUGACAACCAACGUCUGGCUGACUCAGGAGUGGCAGGACUAUCGGCUGACGUGGGUGCCGGAGGAGUUUGACGGAAUGCUGAAGGUCAGACUGCCCUCCAAACACAUCUGGCUCCCCGACAUCGUCCUCUACAACAAUGCGGAUGGCAUGUACGAGGUGUCCUUCUACUCCAACGCGGUGGUGUCUCAUGACGGCAGCGUGUUCUGGCUGCCCCCGGCCAUCUACAAGAGCGCCUGCAAGAUCGAGGUCAAGCACUUCCCCUUCGACCAGCAGAACUGCACCCUCACCUUCCGCUCCUGGACAUACGACCGCUCCGAGGUGGACCUGGUACUACGCACGGACGUGGCCAGUAUGGACGACUUCACGCCGAGUGGCGAGUGGGACAUCAUCGCGCUGCCCGGCCGGCGCAACGAGAACAAGGGCGACCCCAACUACGUGGACAUCACCUACGACUUCAUCAUCCGCCGCAAGCCGCUCUUCUACACCAUCAACCUCAUCAUCCCCUGUGUGCUCAUCACCUCGCUGGCCAUCCUGGUCUUCUACCUGCCCUCAGACUGCGGCGAGAAGAUGACGCUGUGCAUCUCGGUGCUGCUGGCGCUCACCGUCUUCCUGCUGCUGAUCUCCAAGAUCGUGCCGCCCACCUCGCUGGACGUGCCGCUGGUGGGCAAGUACCUGAUGUUCACCAUGGUGCUGGUCACCUUCUCCAUCGUCACCAGCGUCUGCGUGCUCAACGUGCACCACCGCUCGCCUACCACGCACACCAUGCCGCCCUGGGUCAAGCUGGUCUUCCUCAACAAGCUGCCCGCGCUGCUCUUCAUGCGCCAGCCACGCAACAGCAGCGAGCGCCAGAAGCUGCGGCACCGCCGGCACGCGGCCGAGAGGCGCCAGGCGGCCCAGGUCGGUGGUCUAGGUGCAGGAGGAGGGGCCACAGCUGGCUCUGGGGCCCGAGGUGGGGGUGGUGGCGUCGGGGCGUUCGGGAAGGAGAACAACAGCGAGGCGUGCACCUGUUACGUCAACCACGCCUCGGUCAAGCAGUUUGGGGGGGAGAUCCUCGGGGGAGGGGUGGUAGGUGGAGCAGGGGAGUCACCCGAUGGGGUGAACGGACUGAGGGAAGGAGCGGGCAGCCGGGAGGGAGGAGGAGGAGGUGGAAGUGGUGGUGGGGGUGGAGGUGGAGGUGGAGGUGUUUCCCCCCUCCAGACGUCGGCACUGACGAGGGGGAAGCAGGUGACGCCUCCUGCGGCCGUGACGCAGGCCCUGCUGGGGCAGGUGGUGCCGGGGCUGGACGAGGCGGUGGACGGGGUGCGCUUCAUCGCCAACCACAUGAAGACGGAGGACGACGACCGCAGCGUGAGCGAGGAUUGGAAGUACGUUGCCAUGGUGAUCGACCGCCUCUUCCUGUGGAUCUUUGUGUUUGUGUGCGUCUUUGGCACGGUGGGCAUGUUCCUGCAGCCCCUCUUCCAGAACGCCACCGUUAAGGUCAUGACCCACAAUCCUGGCUGACCAACCACGCGUCCCGUUGUGCUGACGGACGCCACCCGCCGCCAGUGGCGCGUCAGGAAGGACGAAGGGGGAGGAGGAGGGAGGGGCUGAGCGUGGGGGAGUGUGGAAGCAUUCAGACGACUUUUUGACCUUUUUAUCAAAACCAAUAGGCCUGACUGUAAGAAACUCAGUGGUUGGGUUCAUAUGCAAACUUCUUUCGUAUGGAAACUGCUUUUGAGCAAACAAAAAAAAACGAGAGGAAACAAGUGGAUGCCUCCUCUGCUCUGAGAGACCUCGGCGCAUUAGGGGAAGCUCCCUCCAAUCCCCUCUCUCCUCCCUUUUGAGUGACACACAGCACAAGCCAAUCAGGGAGAGAGGGCACACUUGUUUACUUUGCUCUUCUGGUCAGUCAGCAUUCUGCAAACAGACACUCACCAACAAUCAACCACCCAAUCGCUUGACUGCGACUGAUCUUCAGGCUUUGAUGGAAGACUCGUGAUUGGCUCUCAAGACUGUCAAUCACAAAGACUUGAAAAAAGGAUAAAAAAAUAUGUACCUAUUAUAUUUUGCUUUUACUUUCUAAAAAGUCACUUACCUAAAGACGACCAGCUAACUAUAUUUUACAAUAGUCUAGUACCAUAUCACACUAUUGUGUCUGACAUGUAUAGGAUCCAUAUUAUUUCAUGGUUGCACACAGAGGGUCAGGAUGUCUAUAGUAUGUUUUCUUUUGACGCAGUAACGUAUGAUUCUAUAAAAGCAUAACAGGAAUGUGAUCAUUAUUGUACCACACCAGUUAUAACACACGGAAGCCACAAUGACAUACACCCCCACUAGGGGACAGUACAGAAUAACAGAUACAUGGCUCACACAGGUGGGGGUUGGGGGAUG